CACGCACGUCCCACUUGCCCUUCCCCACCACCCGCAUCGCCGGCGACCGCUGCCUCCAGGACGCAGCCGACAAGAUGACCCGGAAGCCCAGGCGGAAGCUGCCGGCCUCGCCGUCGAGGCGCGACUCUCCUCUGGAGCCCUACCAUGGCCACGCCCCCCCCUCCGCCGCGCAAUGCCUGGCCGUCCGCGACGCCCUCCUCGCCUUCCACGGCUUCCCGGACGAGUUCGCGCCCUUCCGCCUCCUCCGCCUCGGCCUCUCGCCGGAGGACGAGGGCGACCAGCCGGCCCCGCGUCCGACCGUCCUCGACGGGCUCGUCACCACCCUCCUCUCGCAGAACACCACGGACGCCAUCUCCCGCCGCGCAUUCGCCUCCCUCAAGGCCGCCUUCCCCUCCUGGGACCAGGUGGUGGACGAGGAGGGGAUGGGGCUGGAGGACGCCAUCCGGUGUGGGGGCCUGGCGGCGACGAAGGCGGCGAGGAUCCGGGCGAUGCUGAGGGGCGUGAGGGAGAAGAGGGGCGCGAUUUGCCUUGAGUACCUGCGGGAUCUGUCCGUCGAUGAGGUGAAGAGGGAGCUCUCGCAGUUCAAAGGGAUUGGGCCCAAGACUGUGGCAUGUGUCCUGAUGUUCUAUCUUCAGAAGGACGACUUUCCAGUAGAUACUCAUGUACUCCGCAUUACAAAGGCUCUUGGUUGGGUUCCUCCAACAGCUACUAGAGAGAAGGCAUACAUUCAUAUGAAUAAUAAGAUUCCUGAUGAUUUGAAGUUUGACUUGAAUUGUCUAUUUGUUACUCAUGGGAAGCUUUGUCAAUCAUGUACGAUAAAGUUAGGAGUCCAGAAACCCAAGGAUGUCAAGGCUGUUUGUCCCUUAGCAAGCUACUGUUGUAUCAAAGAAGAAAAUCAGGAAUAGCCAAGGAAAUGGUAUUGCCAGAAGAGGUCGUAACCUCCCAACAACUUAACAGCACUAAUGGUAGGAAGAAUUAUGGGCAGUGGUGCCUUGCACUGCAUACAUGUAUGGCGAUUUCAGGUUCCCAUCUUGUAUUGUUGUUAGGGGGCUUCAAGCUGUAUGUUUUCAUUUCAGGCUAGAUUCCAUAUUUGUGAACUCAUUCUAGUACCUACUAGCAGUAAGGAAGUUUUAAGGGGAAGCUGAAGGAUGUGAUAUAUUGACUUGCUGAAAGUGUCAUUUGUUAGUGGUUACACCGGUGAAGAAUACCGAUUGCCGAA